ACUCGGGGUUCUGUGUUGUGGGGCAGCAUCGUCAUCCGUGCGUGAGGGAGGGCAGACAAAUGCCCAGACCGUCGUUUGCAUGCAUGGUGGGUGGGGGUGGCUUGGAUGGUUUCUUGCGUUCUCCGCCCUUCCGCGCCGCCGCAGACGCGUCGAAUGCCCUGGUGGGCUCUUCUUCGAGGGAAGUCUGUUGAGGUUGACUGCUGCGUUCGCUGAUGUGGGGUACCACCAAGGGGAUUUCGUGUUUAGCUUCUGGAUUUUGUGGCUUGUCUCGUCGUUUUCGAUGUUGCGUGGAGGAGUACGUGAUGGGCAGGUCGCUCGAGUGUUAAGGUGGUGAUGAAUGUGAGGGAUAGCAAGUGUGUGUGUGUGAGAGAGACAGAGAGAGAGAGCGGGGAGGAAAGAGAGCUUGAGCUGGGUGGAGAGUGUGUGAUUGCUGCGAGUGGGGGUGUUGGGUUUGGUGGUUGUGGUGCCGAGGACCUAGUGUAGUGGAGUCUGUGAUUGAGUUGGGUGGGGUUGGGGUGAGAAGGUGCCAGAUGUGAAUAUGUGGCGAUCUCCAUUUUAGAUCCACAGUUUCUGCGGUUAUUAUGGUGGUGACAAAAGAUCCUUGAUUUGUGUUCGAGGUCGAUAGAUGGAUUUUUAUUUCUCUUGGGAAGCAGAAUCUUUACGCCCGCUCUAACUGUGUUGUCCGCCUGGUUGGAGUUGAGAGGAGUGGCUCAUUGGCGUGACUGCAUUUAUUUUUUCACAUUGCAUCAGAGAAUUGGGUAUAUCGAGGGGAAAACGACCGUCAAAAUAUAUUCCUAACUUUUAUUAGGCCUAGUUGACGUUCUCAGGGUGCACAGCCGACAUCUAUUGAUAAGUUUCAUCGCAACCCUAGCGACAUUCGUUUUUCACGAUCCAUUUUAUUGAUCCGCUCCACUCCUCCGGUUUCAACUUGAUCUCUUCUCGGAAUCAAUCCAAUCAGGACUGCCCAGGACCAUCAUCACACGACGAACGGAUGGCGGAGUAUGAAGAAAAUUUUGCAGCAGGACCAGUUCCAUCUGAAGAGCCUCAGAAACGAAUGGAAGACACAGAAGUUGCACUUCAGAAAGUCUUACACGAUUGGGUAGGAAAUAUCAAUACCAAGCCGGUCUCUAUUAUUGCAAGACUGCGCACUGUCGUGCGUCUGCACAAGUUACCUUCGAACGUUAACCACUUCACGUUGGCUGACGCUGUCAGUUGGACGCGUCAGGGACGACCUUGGAGAGGACUCCUGAUCGCUGUAGUGGCCUUAGCCUCUUUAUUAGCACUGACGGGAAUGGUGGCAGUGGCACUUCUUUUUAUCUCAUCUACCCUUAAUGCUGCUCUUGCAAGUUUCUUGGUGACCGUUUCUACAGUUGGUUUUAUCAUGGCGUUUUUCUUCUCAUCCAUCACUGUCUUUUACGUGGGAGCGCUCGGCUUUGGCGGUCUCACGAUAGGCUCGAUUGCAUUUUUUAGCGUUUGGGCAGUCAUCAUUCUCUCUGGGUGGGCAGCAAUCGCUUGGAUCGUCUGGCAAGGGCUAAGGAAAGCUUUUCAGCUUGGACGGCAUUUGGUGUUUUUAGCUGGUUCUUCUCUGUCCUCUUCUCCAGCUACACAGGAGCUACAACGCGUCUGGGUCACGUUCAAGUCCUCUCUGCCUCUGUUCAAGGCACAGAAAAUAGCGAUGGAUUAACCAUAAGAAUUACGCCUCCAACAUUACACAGUUAACAGUGUAGUCGUGCAAGGUCUGCACGAAACCAGGAGAGUUAUCUUUAUCUUCGUCGGGCUGUAGUCGAUACUAUGCUGCUUGUACAUAACCACAUUAAAAGGCAAAAAAGUUGAUAAUACCCGUAGUUGAACUGAGCACCAUAUAAUCAAUAGAUAGCGGAGUAGAACACUACGUGUAGGAACCAUUCAAAUCACCUCACGUUGUAUCAUGGACUAGCUGCUGCCUAUUUUGUAGCAACAAUAGCGACCGUAGGGCUAUACUCAUUCAUCAUCGAGCUUGAUGUUCAUGUAGAUCAUUUUUUUUUGACAGAAGUUGUAAUUCACAGCUUCUACAGCCACACAGAGAACAAAUAAGUAGAUUAUUCAUGUGAUGAGUCUCCGAGACUGCAUCGUACGUCGAUUCUAUUGUUCAUGGAUACUGCCUAAUUGAGAAUUCGUUCCAGUGUAUCAAA